UUAUCUUACGUCAGCGACGUUUAUAUAAUGUGGAAGUAGCAAUCGUCAAAACAUAUAUUGUCAACAUGAGUGCGCGAAUAGGUUUCUUUAGUUUUUUAGUGCUCUUUUUAACAAUUAUAGGUAAAAAUGAAGGUGCUAGAAUUCUUGGCGUCUUUCCUUUCUUUGCUCCAAGUCAUUAUAUAUUAGGAAGUACAUUGAUGAAAGGCCUCGCCGAAGCUGGUCAUGACGUUACCAUCAUCAGCCCUUUCAAAGAAAAGAACCCUCCAAAAGGCGGAAAAUGGACCGAAAUUAUAGUCGAGAAUACUUUGGAAGCUGUAAUGAAAUCUUUUCCCAAACCAGACUUAUUCAAAAUGGAAGGACUUAGUGGAAUAUCCAGCGGAAUAUCUACAACAUUUUUGAUAGAAACAUUAACAAAUCUAAUAACAGAAGAGACUCUUAAAAAUAACAAAAUCCAGGAGUUGUUAAAAAGUAAUCAAAAAUUCGACGCGGUUAUCAUUACUCAAUUUAAUGUUGAAGCAAUGAAAGCGUUUGCGAGCCAUUUCAACGCACACUUGAUUCUGUUUAGCAACGUUGCGGCGAACUCUUGGCUGAAUCAUUUUGUGGGAAAUCCAUCACUUCCUUCAUUUUUUCCGGAAAUAUUACUAAGUUUCCCCGAAAAGAUGUCCUUUAUGCAGAGAUUAGAAAACACCAUUUUCAAAUUAGCAAAUACUUUGUACUACAACUUAUACAUUUAUCCAAAACAUAAUGAGUUCAUCCAGAAAUACUUCCCAAAUCCUGUGAAUAUUGACGACCUGUUGUAUAACGUGUCUCUAGUGCUCUUAAAUUCUCACGAAAGUAUUUCCUCCGCUCAACCACAUGUCCCUUGUAUGGUUGAAAUUGGUGGAUAUCACAUACAACCACCAAAGAAGUUGCCUGAUGACCUACAAAAAUUUUUGGACGAAGCGAAAGAAGGAGUAAUUUAUUUCAGUAUGGGCUCCAAUUUGAAAAGUCAGGACCUACCAAUCGAAACGAGAGAAGCGAUUUUAAAGGCUUUUGGUAAAAGAAAGGAAAAGAUACUGUGGAAGUGGGAAGAUGAUGUGCUGCCGGGCAAACCACCUAACGUCAAAGUGGGAAAGUGGUUACCGCAACAGGACAUUUUGGCUCAUGCAAAUGUAAAACUAUUCAUUACGCAUGGAGGGCUUCUCAGUACAAUAGAAACGGUCUACCAUGGCGUACCAAUUAUUGCUAUUCCAAUUGGAGGAGACCAGAAAAUGAACGCUUACGGUGCGGAAAGACAGGGUUAUGGUAUCGUCCUCCCAUUGAGGGAAAUUUCUGAGGAAAAGCUAUCGGGACUUCUAGAUGAAGUUUUGGCAAAUCCUCAGUAUACCAAUAAUGUCAAGGAACGAUCAAUAAUCAUGAAAGACAGGCAAGUGAAACCAAUGGACAAUGCAGUAUACUGGGUGGAAUACGUGAUACGUCAUAAUGGUGCUAAGCAUCUAAGAGUACCUUACCUAGAACUUACCUGGUAUCAGUUCUAUUUGCUGGACGUCCUUGCAUUUAUCAUUGGUGUUAUUCUUACAACUGUGAUAUUAAUAAAGGUAACGUGUACUUACUUUUAUCGUAAAAGACUGAAUAAAACCAAGCUGAAGAAGAAUUAAAUGUAAAAACAUGUAGGCUACAAUAUUGAUUUAGAUACCUAUCUAUAGUUUCUUUAAUAAAUAGAAUAAUAAAAGACAAACUAAUCUA